AAUCAGAAUUAUAGAGUAUUUCUCCGAGCAUGACAAGUAGCACCACGUCCUUCCAUAUUAUUAGGCUUUCUUAUUAUCAACUCCACUCUUUUCAUCAGACCACCUUUGCUCCUCCAUGGAACCACCACAAUCUCCUCCCUCUCCGCCUCCGCCCCACAAAACAUAUAAACUCUCCGCCGCCGCUAUCUCGUACACAAAGUCCACCACCACCACCUUAUUCAAGCCUUGCAUUUCAACCCCACCAACUUAUAUUCUCAAAGACAUCUCCCUCACUGCAUACCCAUCUCAAAUCCUCGCAGUCGUCGGCCCUAGCGGCGCCGGAAAAUCCACCCUCCUUGAUAUUUUAGCUGCCCGCACCGCCCCGACGAGCGGUGCCCUCAACCUCAAUUCUGCCCCUCUCGUCCCCUCCGUCUUCCGGAAGCUAUCAGCCUAUGUUCCUCAGCACGACGCUUGCCUGCCUUUGCUCACUGUUGCUGAAACUUUCUUGUUUUCAGCUAGUUUGCUCAACCCCAAAAGUUCUGAUAUCUCAACCGUUGUCUCCUCUCUUCUUGAUGAGCUCCGACUCACUCACUUGGCCGACACCAGGCUUGCACACGGCCUCUCGGGUGGCGAGCGCCGACGUGUUUCGAUAGGGCUUUGCCUCCUUCACGACCCGGCGGUGCUGAUUCUUGAUGAACCAACUUCAGGGCUCGACAGUAGAUCGGCUUUGAACGUAAUGCAAACACUGAGAUCAAUUACAGACUCGCGCCAACGAACUGUGGUUCUGUCAAUUCAUCAACCAGGUUUCAAGAUCCUCUCCACCGUUGAUAGGAUCCUUCUUCUAGCAAAAGGCUCAGUUGUGCACCACGGUACACUAUCUUCUCUUCAAGCUUUCCUACUGUGCAAUGGGUUCACAGUCCCUCCACAGCUCAAUGCACUGGAGUACGCCAUGGAGAUACUAAAUCAGCUCCAUGAAACAGAGCCCACUUCGACACCAUCUCUUCCUCCAUCGCCUGAAAAUUCUAUCUCUUCUAUCUCUGACACUAAAACAAAAGAUUCAGUUCGAUACAGAAGUUCUAGAUUCCACGAAGUAAUAACUCUAUAUAACAGGUUCUGGAAAAUUAUUUACAGAACAAAGCAAUUACUUUUAACAAACACCUUGCAAGCAUUAGGGGUUGGUCUUGUUUUGGGCACCAUAUACAUAAACAUUGGAUUCGAUAAGUCGGGAAUUGAGAAGAGAUUAGGCUUAUUUGCUUUCACUCUAACUUUCCUCCUCUCCUCCACAACCGAAACCCUACCGAUUUUCAUAAACGAAAGGCCAAUUCUUUUACGAGAAACUUCAAGUGGUGUUUACAGGUUGUCGUCGUAUCUCAUGGCGAACACACUAGUUUUCUUGCCCUACUUGCUCGCCAUCGCCAUUAUUUACUCAAUCUCAGUCUACUUCUUAGUGGGUCUCUGCGCAACAUGGCAAGCAUUCGCAUACUUCGUUUUGGUCAUUUGGGUUAUAGUUCUAAUGGCCAACUCAUUCGUUCUGUUCUUGAGCUCCAUCGCACCGAACUUCAUCGCCGGAACAUCCCUGUUGACGGUUCUUCUAGCCGGAUUCUUCCUCUUCUCGGGCUACUUCAUAUCUAAAGAAAGCCUGCCCAAGUUCUGGCUUUUCAUGCACUACUUGUCCAUGUACAAAUACGCACUGGACGCAAUGCUGAUCAACGAGUAUUCUUGCCUUGUGUCAAGGUGUUUGAUCUGGUUCGACGAGAAGAACACGACGUGCAUGGUGAGUGGGCGUGAUGUGUUGGAGAAGAGAGGGCUCCAUGAAAGGCAGAGGUGGACCAAUAUCUAUAUCUUGAUCGGAUUCUUCGUGAUCUAUCGGAUUCUUUGGCUGAUGGUUUUGAUGAGAAGGGUGUCAAGAUCAAAGAAAUGAGAAGAAUUCUCUUGUCAAAUUCCUCACGUUUUCUGCUGUCUUUUGCUGUUACAUGUUUGUUCAAGAAUAAUUCAUCAUCAUGUACGUACUCUAUAUACUCUCAGUCUCGCCUCCAUAAAUGCAAUCAUGGCACAAUGGCAAGAUUCAAGAA